AUGAACUCGGCAGCGACUCUGGCGCAGUUGGGAGCAGUUUUGAUCAUGACGAUGUGCCGUGCAUUAGUUCGUCCCGGAUUUCCCAGAUACUUCAUCAAGGCCAAGCUUCUAGAAGGCUAUGAGAUUGACUGGCUUGCGUGGAAAUUGGUAGUUUCACAUCCCAAUAAAAGAUUUCCGAGCGACUCCAAAAACAACGUUGACGGUCCGGAGGAACACGCAAGCCUGGGCUCAUGGGCCAUUGGUGUUGGUGGAGAGCAGAAAUAUCCCCCUUUUGGACCCCCCGAUACACAGCUAGAAUCUGAAGCGCAGAGACUCUUGACUACAAGUCGGGGGCUUUACAAGCUUGCUGGAUUUCACCGCUCGACUACUCCCAUAGCCAUCAACCUUGCAUUAGCAAUCGAAGCGACCUUGAACGCCUUGUUUCCACCAGCAGAAAACGAACGCACAACAUAUAGGUGGUACGUCAAUGUUGACUUUAAAGUGGCCACGACUCAAGAGGAAACUGAGCAAAAUACGGAGAAAGUUUGGUUUGACUUGGUUAACGAUGGCUCGUCCUGGAGGGCGCCAGCAGACUGCCUUAAUGCCGCAUUAUCACUUUGGACUUACACAGCUCAACAAAGAAAGGGAAAUUCUGCUCAGUUUGAAGCUCAAGAAUGUACCCCAUUGGGGAAAUAUCAUGACGAUAGCUGGCUCCGAAGCAGACUCCCACCCAGUGGCUUGCGACUACUUGGCCCAACCAAUGAUAGGCUUUUCCAAGAUCUCAAAUGGUGGGCACCUGAGAGCUUGGUAUUCGAAGUCCAACAGAACGUGGGAAACACCGCAGACCCAGGAACAAAGCAAGAAACACCGAAGGAAGCAAAUUUGAAAGAAGGAAGCGAUGCUAGCGUUAGGUUCAAGGAAAUCGAGAAGGCCAGAGUUGUUGGCCAGGGCGAAUAUAUGAACAAGAGUGAUCUGAACAGCAGCAUAUGGAAGAUUUCGACGAUUGACAGGGAGGUUCACGUGGACGAACUUACUCCUGCUAGUCGCUCUAACGCCAGGAAACAUUUGGCAGCGAAGGGAAAACAUCCAUCUACUCUUGCAAUAGAGACAAGCGACCCCAUGGAAGUCCUCUACGUCAAAGACUUACUAUUCUGUUUCUUUUAUUCUGCGGCAAAGACUCUCCGGAACCCUAUUUCAGGCAUUACCAGGUUACGGCCAUCGGACACCAAAGUCAAUUCAGCAGCAGAACGAUCCUUUUCGAAUGAUAGCCUGACUAAACUUGUACAAACCUACACUGCAUUGGGUUUCGGCCACGAGAAUGAGGUGUUACCGAGCAUCGUAACACCUCUGAGCAUGGCUGAGAUGUUACCUUUCCCCAAGGUUAUGUUUGACUUAGUGUCUUCGGAAGCUGUUAAACCAAAAGAUCGAUAUUCAGGAGAUCAUCAAGUCAAAGCUCUCCACGCACUAGUUCGACAAGCAUCCAGCCACGCGUAUGAUUCUACAGGUAUCUGGGAGUCAUGUCUAGCCUUUGUAGCGGAAGCCGCUCAUAUCUUUGAGACGGACUUUAAAUCCGGCAGGUGGUGGAGUUCUUAUGACACUCCUGAAGAGCCCGACCUAUUCCGUCGUCUUUUGUCAUUCGUGCCCAGUGAUUUGCUGGAUACUAGGUUACUGGCCCAUCUACGAACUAUGUACCUGAAACAAGGGCGACAAGAGAUGGCUGUGGUGUCUCACGGCAUGACAUUUGAUCAUCCUCCAUAUGACUUAUGGCUACGAGCCACAGCGCUCCACGAACUUGCGAUCAGGGACCCAAAAAAUGACCCAGGCAGUUCUGCUGAAUGUCACUUCGAGCUUAUCAAUGAACAAGACGCUUCUAACUGGACCCCUCUACACUGUGCUGCAGCCUCAGGCAAUUUGUGGUUCGUGGAGCUGCUGCGCGAUAGUGGCGCCAGCGUUGAUCCGGAACUCAAAGACUACCGAGGCUACACAGCACUCCACUGUGCAUUCGAACAAGGAAAUCUUGAAAUUAUCCAAUUUCUCAUUGAUUUUGGCUUCGGAAUCGACGUCCAAGGAUUUGAUGGCGCGACACCGAUACAUUUGGCCGCCAAGAGGGGAAACACUCAAGCAUUGAAUUGUGUUUUUGACGAUGAUUGGAAGCAUCGUAAAUAUGACUCCGCGAGGCAACAGAUGAAAUCGGCAAAGAGACUUGAAGACGCAAAUGGCCGCGUACCAUUGCACUGGGCUGCGAUGGCUGGUGAGGCAGAAUCCCUGGCUAAGUCUGGAGAGGAUAUAAACGCGACAGACUAUAGGGGUCGUACUCCGCUUCAUCUAGCUACCAUGUUUCAUCAACCUGAAGCUAUUCGCAGCUUAUGCGACCUUUCAGCGGACACUAACAAAAUCGAUCAUGCCUUUGAGACGGCUCUCUCCAUCGCAUGCGCUGAGAACCAAUUAGAAGCAGUCAAGAUACUUCUUGGAGCAGGAGCAAACCCAGAGGUUCCAACGUGGGUUGGCCAUCGUUCUUUACACAUGGCAGCUGUCUCCGGCCGUACAAGCAUCAUGAGAGAACUUCUAGACGCAAAUGCGGAUGUAUCUGCUGAAAGUAAUAGUGGCGCAACUCCAUUGCAUGAAGCUGCUCAAGGUCUACAUCCAGAGGCUACGAAAUUGAUACUGGAGCUGAAGGCAAACCCGGAUGCGAAAACUAAAAAAGGGGAAACUCCAAUCAUAUACAUGCUUCGCCGGACUACUCAAUAUGAUGAAGCUGAAGUGCUAGAGACUCUAAGGUGUUUAGUGGAUGCUGGCGCGAAUCCUUCUCUUGAGGAUAAGAAUGGGAUAAAGCCGAUUAGUAUAGCUAAGGAGAAAGGGUUUUCUAGAGUGGUAGAGUAUCUCAGGGACUAUAAGAAAGAAUAA